GUGAUUGGAUUGGCUGUGAUUCACACAUGAUCCUUAUGCAAAAAUAAUGCGGGAAUAUUUUUAAUCCACUUCGUGAUACUGAGAAUGUUGAAUUUAAAAUGAUAAUCUGUUGAUGCUUUCUUUCUAACACAUAACCAGUUGGUUAAUUCACUGAAUUCACGACGUGGGAUAAAACGUUAGGCUUAUAUUUACAGCUAAGGUAUUUGGAGUAUGAAACUAUACAUGGAGUAGCUUGUUUUCCUUUUCUACAAGGGACAAAAGCAGAAACAGGACGUGUUAAAGUCCAAUAAAAGCUCAGUCUGAGUGGGAGUGAGCGUCGGAGCGCCCACCCGGGUUUGGUUUCGGGAGUGUUACUCUGUGGAGUCUGUGGGAAGGGGAGAGGGAUUGAGGGAAGUUUUCAACCCUGGGAUUCAGACGCCAUUAUAACCCAAGGACUGCCCUCUUCUUUAUCCGCACCGACCACCACAAAGAAGGAUUUCUCUCAUGGAAAAUGCAUUCAGAUAUAACCCACUGCUGGUAAUUUCUUCAGGAAAAAAAAGCCCACAGCUGGCUUCUGCCAUGUUCUCACGGGACGGUGAGAGCCUGAAGCAUCUCUGUGGAGGCGCAUAACAACUUUCCACGAUGAACAGCAGCAAGAAUGGCACAGCGGUGGAGGGUUUGGGUGCCAGCGGGACCAUGGUGCUCGAGUCGGCCUCAAUCAUAGUUAUUGCUUUGCUCAUCUGCUUGGGAAAUCUGCUAAUUGUUGUGACACUUUAUAAGAAGCCCUACCUGCUGACACCCAGCAACAAGUUUGUGUUCAGCCUGACCUUGUCCAACCUGCUGCUGUCAGUGCUCACCCUCCCUUUCGUGGUAGCCAGCUCUCUGCAGCGAGAAUGGAUGUUUGGGGUGGUGUGGUGCAACUUCACAGCCUUGCUUUAUCUGCUUGUUAGCUCUGCUAGCAUGCUCACGCUAGGAGCCAUUGCUAUUGACAGGUAUUAUGCUGUAUUGUACCCAAUGAUCUACCCUAUGAAAAUCACAGGAAAUCGGGCCACAGUGGCCAUUGUUUACAUUUGGCUUCACUCUUUAGUGGGCUGCUUGCCGCCACUCUUUGGUUGGUCUGCGUUUGAGUUUGAUAACUUCAAGUGGACCUGCACGGCAGCCUGGCACAAGGAAGUUGGCUAUACAUCUUUCUGGGUCACUUGGUGCUGCUUGCUUCCCCUGGCAGCUAUGCUAGUGUGCUACAGUGUUAUUUUCCGCGUAGCUCGCAUCAAAGCACGCAAGGUGUAUUGUGGGACUGUGGUGGUUGCCCAGGAGGAGUCUGGCAUGCAGAAGAAUGGUCGCAAGAACUCCAACACCUCCACCUCUUCUAGCAGCAGCCGCAAGAGCCUCAUUUACUCAGGCAACCAGUGCAAAGCUUUCAUUACCAUCCUGGUGGUGAUAGGGACAUUCUUGACCACCUGGGGGCCCUAUGUGGUGGUGAUUGGAACCGAGGCAUUGUGGGGAAAAGGUAGUGUUUCUCCACAGCUGGAGACUCUAGCAUCCUGGCUGUCUUUCACCAGUGCAGCAUGCCACCCAUUAAUCUAUGGACUGUGGAACAAAACCGUGCGUAAAGAGCUGCUGGGCAUGUGCUUCGGGGACCGCUACUACAGAGAGUCAUUUGUCACACGUCACAGGACGUCACGACUCUUCAGCAUCUCAAACCGGAUCACUGACCUGGGGAUGUCUCCACACCUGACAGCCAUGCUAGUUGGAGGAGGGCAGCUCUUAGGGCCUGGCAGUAGCACUGGUGAUACUGGGUUCAGUUAUACUCAAGAUUCAGCUACAGACAUCAUGCUACUGGAUAACUACUCAUCUGACACCUCCCAUUUCACACACUACAAUGGCUUUAAGAGAAGAAGCUCUGUCACAUUUGAGGACCAAGUGGAACAACCUCGUAAAAGUGACUUCCCAACAGUCCAAGUUACUGCCGAUGUCCAUAAGUCGCUCGACAGCUUUGCAUCCUGUCUGGCAAAGGCCAUAGAGAUUGAUGCCAAGUUGCAUCUGUUUGGGGAGAGCACGCCAAUUACUAGCAGUUUGAUAGCACGCAACACACCGAGAGGACCACGGUAUCUAGAUGGACAGAGACUUAGGAUGGAGAGCAUUGAUGAAGGAAUAGUCAAAGAUGAUGAAGAUGAAGAAAAUGUCCAUGAUGAAUCUGUCUGAUUGUUUAUACACUGCACUUUAAGUACAGUAUAGAGCUGGCAUACUGUGCACUAUGCUGCCUUAUUUGGUACAGAGUCUUAUGGUACACAUCCAUCCAUUUAAAAAAAAAUGUUGCUUAGUGUUUAUGUAAUUAAUAAACAUAGGAACCAUGAUCUGGUUAAAGGCUUGGAUAAGAGACUGAGACCAGUGCAAACAAAGUUAAAUGUACUGUAAUGGAGAUUCCUCUUUGUAGCAAAGUGGGGAGAAGUUGGGUUGUAUUGCUUUCAGUUAACUAAGCUGUGUUUAUGUACAGGUGGCACUGAAAAUAAGUACAACUUAGACAUUUGUAAUCAGUACUUUGUCCAUGUGCCUUGCCUUUUUUUUUUUCCUUUGCAAGGAAGCCAUAACCACUAUAUUGAGUAACUGUACUGUCUGUGGGGAAUAAUUAGUGCUGAGGGUGGCCUUGUAAUUUAUGUUUAGUAUAAAUAUUAUGCUAUACAUGUUUUCCUUUGUAUAAUUUACUUUGUAUGGAGAUGGUGCAUCUUAAAACAAAUUUAUCUUGUAUUCCUGUUUUAUGCAGAGAAAGGUAGCCUGGUGACACUAUACCAUGAUGUUUCUAAUGUAAAAAAAAAAACAAAAAAAAAAAAAAACAGUUAAUGUGGUACAUUAUAAUCAGUAUUAUAAGCAGUUGUUUAUAUACUAGUAUUCAUUCUCAAUCCAUGAAGCGUAUUCAGCUGUAUGCCUCAUGUGACAUGAUGCCUUAGUUGAAGCAACCUGUGACUCAUUGCAUUAGGAACUUCUCCAGUAGUACUGAAAUGCAUGAAAAGCAGUGUUAAGUGUCUUAUUAGUACAGUUGCACUUGAAAAUGGUAUGGGCCGUCUUUAGGUCAGGUUCCUUUUCUACUGCUGCUGGUAGAAUAAGGAAGAUGUUCCACUGACCUCCAAAUUGUCCAAUUGAACAAAGAAUAGUUUGCAAUUUAGUCUGAGAAUUCCUGUGGAAUGUUUUGUACCAAAGUCAAUAUUAAUUGUGCUGUAUAUUGUCAUGAAAAAAUCUAUAAAAAUACCAUAAAACACAAACUACAGGGAUUUCUUGUAUUGGUUUAUUACAAUCCCAAAGAUUGAUUAUCCAUUUGUAUAUAUUAAAUCAUUUAAAAGUGACUAUUCCAUGUCCAUAAUGAUCACGGCACAUUCAAUACCAUAAAUAUUCAUAUUCUCCUCUAGACCUGUGUACUUUGAAUGUACCUAAACCUCUCGUGAUUCUGAAACUGGUGGCUGAACAGGAGACGGUUCACAUUCCUGAAUGGUGUGCAAUGACUGGUUUAAAGCAACAGGGGGGAAAUGGAGUAGUGAGGGAGAACCAUUUU